GCGCCGCUCGCCUGCCUAAGGCUGCCACUACCUGCCAGUGCCACUAGGAGGAUCCUGCCCCUGCUGGGUGCUUGGGUCGGACAAGGAAUGUAAAUGUCUGAGGACAGGGAAGCCCAGGAGGAUGAGCUGCUUGCUUUAGCAAGUAUCUACGAUGAGGAGGAGUUCCACCGGGCAGAGUCUGCCCAGGGAGGAGAGAUCCAACUUUGUCUGGAGCUCCCUCCUGAUUUCAAAGUUGUAGUCAAAGGAGAGAAGCAAACUGAACAUAAUGUUUGCUUCUUACCUCCUUUGGUGCUCAACUUUGAGCUUCCUGCAGACUAUCCAUCCAAAUCCUCACCAGUCUUCACUCUCAGUUCUAAAUGGAUGACCAGAGCACAGAUGAGCUCUCUGUGCAGACGCCUGGAUGAACUGUGGGAGGAGAACCAAGGCUCUGUGAUUCUUUUCACAUGGAUCCAGCUCCUCAAAGAGGAGGCUCUGGACUUCCUGGGUAUCCAGUCUCCUCUUGAAAUAAUCAGGGGCGGAAGUAAGGCAGGUGGUGAGCGCAGGAAAACCGACCCGGCAGCCACAGCUCCGACACAGUGCGGAAAUCAUUCCGAAAACACUGAGGAGAAGAAACAAGAAGUGAAGAAGGACAAGUCUGAAGCGCAGUUGUCUUCGUCUUCUCAACUGGACCCGCGGGGCGUUCUUUUGAUGGACCCGCGUGCCGACCUCCUACCUCAGCUCCUGGACUUUGACGAGGCGCAGCGACAGCGGGUGUUUGACAGCAAGGUGUUCUGUUGUGGGAUCUGCUUUGUAGAGAAGCUGGGCUCCAACUGCCUCUGCUUUAAGGAGUGCCAGCAUGUCUACUGCAAGGCCUGCAUGACCGAAUACUUCCAGAUCCAAAUACGGGACGGCAAUGUUCAGUGCCUUAAUUGCCCUGAGCCCAAAUGUACCUCCUUAGCCACACCGUUGCAGGUAAAGCAACUGGUGGAUGAGGAACUGUUUGUUCGUUAUGACCGUUUGCUGCUCCAGUCCAGUCUGGACCUCAUGGCUGACGUGGUCUACUGUCCCCGCCAGUCCUGCGGCACUGCCGUUAUGGCGGAGCCGGACACAACCAUGGGCAUUUGUUCGGCCUGCCAGUAUGCUUUCUGCACACUGUGCAAGCUGGGCUAUCAUGGUCUCUCUGGCUGUAAAAUUCCUGCAGAUGAAUUGCGUAACCUCAGAGAUGAUUACCUGUCAGCCACAACUGAGGGGAAAAAGUUCAUGGAGCAACGCUUUGGGAAGAGGGUGAUCCAGAAAGCAGUGGAAGAGUCCUUUAGCAGAGACUGGCUCAAUGAGAACUGCAAAUGCUGCCCACGCUGCGGAACCAAUAUACAGAAAGUUGAUGGCUGUAACAAGAUGACCUGUACCUCGUGCAGACAAUACUUCUGUUGGCUGUGCCUGGGCCUGCUCAGCAAAGUCAACCCAUACAGUCACUUUAACAACCCACAUUCUCCCUGUUACAACCAACUCUUCCAUGGCGUGGAUAUCGAUGACGAUGCCUUCUGGAGUGAUGAGGAGGACUGACACCAGUGCAGUACUCCAUUUGAAUGCACUUUAUCUCACAUAACCACCACUCACUUACGCCUGCAUUCGCACAACAGUGCCACUACAACAGUAUACCCUGGUACCAUUGUCUAUGUUUUGAAUAUGAUCGGGCAUCUUUGGUAUAAAACAUUCAAUGCCUGGGUGUAAAUUGUCCAUAUUUACUUAAUAUAUGACAAACGUCAAGAGCAGUUUUAGCUUUUAUCUCAGAGGGAUAUGGAUAGAAACAGCUGUGGCCAUUUUGGUAAAAGUAGACAUUUAUUUUAGACUGAUGCUCUUGGUAAUGAGAAUCUAGGAUACAUACUUGAAUACGUUAGUGAUUGGCCUUUUAAAUAUGACAGGGUUAUAGGAUGUGGCUUUUAUAUUCAAAAGUCAAUGUAAGUGAGCUGAAAAAAAAGGUUGAAUUUGUCUUUAUAUACAGUAGAUUAGGUCUGCAGAGCUACUGUCUCUCUUAAUCAGACAUAUACUUACACACAGGUUUUGAGAUCUUGCAAGGUUAUUAUAAUACUAGAACCACUAAUUAAGCUCAGUUUGGUAAAUUGAAGGUGUUUGCUCUCAGUUAGCUAGCAGAAGGACUGCAUUUGCCCUUCUUUGUCAUAAUAACUAUCCUGCUUCUUCUUCUAAGUAUCUACCCCUCUGGAUAGCUUUCUCUCACAUGUCGAAAACCAGCCUUUCUUCAAACAACCUUAAAGAUGGAUAAUUCAGUGAAAUUUCUGAUCUAACGAAGGCUCUCUCUCACAGGCACACACACACACACACACACACACACCAUUGAUACAGGAUUAAAGCAAUGGAGGCAAGCGUGGACAUUCGUCACCCAGCCAGAAUUCCAGAACUACUGAGGUUUUGUUGUUUGUUUCAGCUUUAGAUUGCUUUGUUUGGGAAACUCUUCUGUCUCCCUCAGGCAGACACAGGGAGCUCUGUACAGAGUGUACUCUGUAUGUUAACAUUUUCAGGCUGGGGUCAUCUGUUGUCAGGUUGUGAUUUUUUUUUCUUUCUCUCUUUUCUGAAAAGUAUGUGUAUUUGUUUCUUCCUGAGAUUAGUUCAUUUACCGGAAAGAGUCUUUGCACUUUGCUUUGAUAUGAUAAAAAUCAGGCAGGUUUUGUUGGUUGUGGAAGGUGGUUUCAUAAUUAGUUUGAGUGACAUGUUCGUCCAUACAGAAUGUAAUAAUAGAGAACACUGCAGGAACUCUGAUGGGGAUACUGGGAUUGUCAUUGUGGUGCACGUGCAAGAAAAUUUGAGAAUGUGGGGAAAAUGUAUUCACAGCCUCCUUUGCACAACAUUUAUUUUGAUUUUGCCAAACAAUGUGAGGCCAUAGAAUAUUGAUAAUGAGAUACAGACAUUUUUUCACUUCAUUUUCUUUUACUUUUUUAAACCCUUAAUCAGAAAGACUAUCUCAUCUAAGCAGUUAUGUUUGAAAUUGAAACCUGCAUCAAAUCUGUUCUUUUUAAACAUUGAAUGAUUUAGUUCUCACCUCACCGCUUCAAACGUUCAGGUGGCUUUUCUGAAUUGGUGCUUUUCUGGAUGGAUGAAAAGACAAUCUCUUGGCUUGAAAUGCAUAUGGAUUCACCUUUUUUUUUCAAUGCAGAGCCACUGUGAUUUCAUGUCUCAUGUGAAAACAUAUGAAAUGUUUGAAUACAUGACCCGUUAGAUGCAUUCAGCAUUCUGUUCCUUAAAAUAAACAUUACACUUAGCAUUUUCUCUAUUUUAUUCAUUGCAUCUGGGACUGAAAAAUGUACUUUUGUGCCAGCAUAGUUCUUCUGCCU